AUGUCCUCUGAACCAAAGCCCACGCACUCGCGACGUCGAGCAUCCAUCGAGGUGGUCGACGCCAAUGUGGCACUCGACCUCGCCACCGCGCAGACAUACUCUGAAAACGUAUUUCUUUUUGUACCAAAUAUCAUCGGAUACACGCGCGUUCUGCUUGCGGCGCUAUCUAUGCAUUAUAUGAGCUAUCAUCCAAAGUAUUGCACACUAGCCUACGUCGUGUCGUGUCUCCUGGAUGCGGUGGAUGGACAGGCGGCGAGAGCACUGGGCCAGACAUCGAAGUUCGGGGCAGUGUUGGAUAUGGUGACUGAUCGAUGUACCACGUCGUGUCUGCUCUGCUAUCUCACCUCGGCGUAUCCAAAAUGGACGGUUCUAUUCCAGUUUUUGAUUGCACUGGACUUUAGCAGCCACUACAUGCACAUGUACAGUUCCUUGAUAACAGGUUCUCGAAGCCACAAGACUGUGCAGAGCGACGUAAGUCGUAUCUUGCGGUGGUAUUACAAUGAUUCUACGACAUUGUUCCUCGUAUGCGCCGGUAACGAGCUGUUCUUCGUCGCGCUAUAUCUCAUGAAAUGGAUCAAAACCCCGCUCGACCUCGAUUUCCUUCCACCAAUAUUAGCAAGUCUGACCUGGCCGCAAGCAUUAGCCGCCAUCAGCUUCCCCGUAUUCUUCAUCAAGAAUUUCCUCUUGAACACAGUUCAGCUGUGGAAGGCUUCCAAGAUUCUCGUUGGUGUGGACUUGGCGGAGAGGGCGAAGGCGCGCGAAGAAGCUCUGGCUCGCAAACGAUGA